AAGAACCCUCAACCAUUUCUCAGUCGUCCAAGCUCCGGCUCAGAUAGGUACUCUCCGUUUGUUCUCUGUGAAUUUUGUGUCAGUACGAAUUUUAGUGAGUUUAGUUACGAUGGAAUACAAGAAUAGUAAAUUCGUCUUCGGAGAUAACACCGGGUUUAGUGUAGAAAUAGAACCAACCACAUAUCUUGAGAAUAACGGUGUGAGCAUAAGUCCGCAAACGAGUCAAAGGGGUAGUUUUGGAAGUGAUUCGAGCACCAAGGAUUUAACGGGCUUCGAUUUCGAUGAAAUACAAGAAAAUAUGUACAGUGUGCCAUCAUUACAAUCGCGAGUGGUGACAAUAACACCAAUGUGCCUAGAUGAAUGUCACGAUUACAAUUGUUAUUACGAUUACAAUCUGAAUCAACCUCCAUGGCAGCAGCAGCAACAAAAACAAUAUGAGGAGGUUGCCAAUUGGAACUUUUCGAACUACAAAUAUUACGACUGCAAUAACGUGAAACAAAAGGAUAGGACUCUAGAACACAUAGUCACCCAAGAGCCUCUUAAGGUCAGUACUGCGCCAGUUCUACCUAGCCAAAUUUCGCCCAAAAAUUCCACCAAAAGGACCCGUACCGUCUACACGAGCCACCAGCUGGCAGAAUUGGAGAAGGAGUUUCAGGCCAGAAGGAAUCCUGGCACACCCAGGAGAAGCCAAAUGGCCAGAACCCUGAACCUAUCGGAACGCCAGAUCAAAAUAUGGUUUCAGAACAGGCGAAUGAAGUGCAGGAAGGAGCUGAAAGCCAAGAAUAUCUCGCCGUCUUCCACCAAUCCCAAUUCCCCAGAUUCGCCCCAGGGUACUGUCGGCGCCCAAAGGACGCGUUGCAACGAAAGAGUACCUCCUUCUUACUCCGAGUACGUUCCAGUCAAUCAUCAGCAGCUCACGCACCCCUACGGCGCAAGACCGACUCCUUACGGGUCCAGAGGAUACAACAACUGGAAUAGGGAUUGCUAUUCUGAGGCAACUAUGUAUCCCCCAAUGAAUGAUACGUUGAAUCCACCUCAUAACCCUGGUCCUGGAAAAAUGUAUUUGCCAAUUCAUACAGCGAAGGGGAACAUGUCGUUUGGAUGGUUGACUUGGGAAGUACCCAAUAUUUCAGCCUUCACCAUGAUGCUCACAGAAGAAUAUUGUCAAUGGAAACUGGCUGGAGCACAAUCUACCCCCAAAUUAAUCAAAUUUGAGUAGCGAAACAAUCAAACUGAGCCUCAAUCUGAAUGGAUUAAUUAUAAACUCAAGGGAUAAUACCAGUGAAGAAAAGUUUUAUGCUUAGGUAUAUAACUGUAAAAUACUUCAAAAAAAAAUUUUUAUACACAAAAUGGUAAAUAUAUCCAUAACGAUAUAAAAUCCGUAAAAAUAAUUAUUUGAAUCUUUCAUUUGAUGUAUUAGUGCUGUCAUUCGAGAAUAAAAUUUUUAAAUGUUUGUUUAAAAUUAUUUUAAAUAUAAUGAACAGACGAGUUGUGUAGAUAUUUUGUAUAAAUAUAUAAUAUUGUAUAAUAUAAUAUAUAAUAAAUGUAUAAUUUUAAAUUAA